AUGAAAUACGUUCUAUCAACUGCUGCUGCUAUUGCUGGCUUGGCCUCUAGCGCCAUCGCAGAAGUGUUCAUUGUCGAUAACGAUACACCAACGGCCUUGCAAGUCUUGCUCCCUCUUGCAGCAGGAAAACAGGUUUUGGGGAUCACAACAAACUUGGGAGACUAUGAUACUGAAGCUGCCACCUACGAAGCUGCCAUGGCUUUGUCUACCGGUAAUCUAACCUCUUGUAUACCAGUUUACAGAGGUGCUGAACAACCAUUGGUUUUUGACAAUAACACCUACCACUUGUGGCAAGACCUAUAUGGUGAAAUCGUGUGGCAAGGUGCAUGGGGCACGGACUACGAGAGCCCAGUGCCCGCCAACGCCUCGUUCGAGUACAACAAAACCGUAGGCGCACCACAAUGGAUCAUGGACACAGUCAAGAACUCAGAGGAGAACGUAACAAUCGUAGCCGCAGGAACCAUGACUAACUUGGCACUAGCACUAGCACAGUGGCCCGGCAUGGCAGAAAAGGUAAAACUCGUUAUCAUGGGUGGGUUUGUCGACGCCCAAAUCGCACAGGUCACUGGUGGCGAUCUCAUCAACGACCUGUACAGUGAUUUCAACCUGAUGAUCGACCCCGAAGCGGCUCAGACGGCAUUGACCGCGCCAUGGAAGGAACUGGUCAUUGUUGGCAACAUCAGUUCUCAAGUUUUCCCCACCCAAGACCUUUUCAACGAGCUGAUUGCCCAGUCCGGUGGUCUUACUGCCAUCAAAAACACUGCGGCUCUGGGAUACGUACAGGAAACAGUCGGUAACGGUACUGUGCCAUCUUUCAACCUCCCCUACUGGGACGAGGUGGCCUCUGCCAUUGCAACAAGCCCCGAAAUCGUUACUGGGUCCUACGAAGCCUACGUCUCGGUGGACACUACAUUCUCUUCUCCCUUCUACGGUAGUUUGAGAAUGUACCCAUCCAAUCUACGUGCUAAGAAGGGUGUUAGAACAGGAAAAGCUACGAUGAUCACUUCCGUGGACGUCGAUAAGUUCAAUAGUAUGAUAGUGGAUGCUCUGGUGAGAGACUGGACCAACUUCUGCAAGACCGGUGAGGCUUCUAGUCUGAUCGAUAUGUAG